AUUCGAACGUUAUCACUCGAUUGAAUGGGGCGUUAUCAGCGGUUAUCAGCCCAUAGAAAUGGGCCAGGAGGGGCCUCCUGUGCCUACUAGUAGGCUUAGAAGGCCCUGAUCAUCCAUCCAAAUGGUUGAUCACCCACAAAUAUACAAGAGAAGACUCCAGAUCCAAUCCCAGAAUUCCUGCUCACCGGUAAUCGGAAGUCUACUGGACGAAUGCGGGAACGUUGCGAUAUUUCCUGCUUAAUAUUUUCAGAUAUGGGAAAAGCACUUAAGAUGACCCCACGUUUCAGGAACGUUAAAAUUAAGUUGGUGAGGAGGUCUAUCGCUGGCCCUGCGAAGUUUUCUUACCUCAGUCAAGGUCUUCCCCAGCCCAGCUACAAACAGACCCACCCUUCAGACCCUUCUAUUACAUCUCAACCUGCUGAACCUGAUGAUGUGACACCGAGCUGUUCUGAGAGCGCAUACAGUAAGGCAAAGAAGAGAGAGCUUCAUGCCUGGAAUGCAGUCAAGGAUGUUAAGGUGACGUUUGAAUGUUCAGCAUCAGUCACUACCCAGUGUGUUGUCUGCCGAGAACAUGCUGAUUAUAGGUGCAUUGAGUGCAGCUCCACUGCAGUGUUUUGUGAGGUUUGCCUGAAGAGGAUUCACAGAAAUUUACUGCAUCUUCCUGAAAAGUGGAAUAAUGUUUACUAUGAGCCAUCCUCCCUGGGGUUAUUCUUAUAUUUACCUGAAGCCCAUGGCACCCAUGCUGUGUACACAAAGGACAUGAAGGUCAUUGUCAGCACAGGACGGCUCUGCACCGUUACAGUCACCAUGUGUGCGUGUGAACCAGAAACCUGUACUCUGCUGAGAUCUGGGCUCUGACCAGCAACAGCCACAAGCCCCAGACAGACAGCCUUCUCCAUCCCUCUGCUAGAGCUUUCUGUUUCUCUGUCACUGGAGUGUCAGGUUUCUGUUGAGGGUUUUUGCAACACCCCAUAUCCCAUUUUAGGCAUCACCACUUCCGACAAAGAAGUUUGGUUGAUAUUUGCACAAUUAAAUGAUGGAACCAUAUGCCCAGCAUGUCCAAAGGUUGGUUAUAAUUCCAGCGUGGUUCUUGUUUGAUUAAAUUAAUGGCAUAGAAAUAAAAUCUGAAUUAAUAUCAAACUUAAAAGUUAAUUUGUGUAUGUAGUAUUGUAAUAGAAUAGUAAUAGUAUAAAUGUAUAAACCUGGUGCGGGUACAAAACCAGUGUUACUGUAAGUGUUUGUUUUCCAGGCGGAUGGAGAUAUGAUUGUCACAUUGGAUGCCAACUUUGGCCUUGUGAGGAAGCAAAGCUCUGGUACAAGUGCGGUUGAUCCAUUACACGGAACCCGCGUGUUUAGAGGAAUACCUGCUAUCACAUCUUGAUAGCUCAAAGCCUCAAGAGGUUAAUCAUUGUUGCAGAAUUUCAGAAUUUCAGUCCAUGAAAUAUUAAUUAAACUUGUGAAAAAAGAUCACUAUUCCUCUCAUAAAUCUAUGUUUUCCUUAAAUAUUUAGGAAAUUUUUAGGAAUAUUUAAGCUGCUCUCAUUCAAGGUAUUAUAAUAUAAUAUAAUAUAAUUACUUUACUGCAUUACUUGUGCAGACAUGUUGUUUUACUAGGUCUGAUCUGUUUUAAAGCUUAGGCCCUGUAUUUAAGAAUACAUAUCCCCACUAGUCCGUCUGUAUGAGUACAAAAUUAAAAAAUAAACUGUCUAUAAUUGUUACUGUACAAGCACAGUAAAAUAUUUAUAUAAAAAAUAUUGCACUACUGUUAUUUUGCAUAGAAUACAUUGUUCAACAAUAUUUUUGCACACUCAUCCAACUGCAUUUAUUACCACUGUUCUCACGUUCCUGCUGUUCAUAACAUAUAUAUAAUCCUUCAUUGCUCUGUUCAUAAUGUACAUACAAUCCCUACAUUGCAUUCAUAUUUAUAUUCUGUAUAUACUCUGAUCAAUAUUGUAUAUAGCAACUCCACUGUACAUUCUGUAUAUCAUAAGCUUUACUUACUCUGCACUUUUAUGUAUAUAAAACACUAUAUUCUUGCACUUCUGGUUAGAUGCUAACUGCAUUUCAUUAGCUCUGUACUUGUACUCUGCAUAAUGACAAUAAAGUUGAAUCUAAUCUAAUCUAAAAAAAAAAAAAAUGUGUUUACCAUAAUGUAAUAUGUUAUUUACUGUAAUGUACAAAUGUGUGGGAGGUGUUUUGUUUUUUGUGAGCUCACCAUCAAAAUCCCCUUCGACUGAGUUGAAAUGAAAAUAAAUUAUUGGAUCUUGAAUCCUCUGAAGCAA